CACGGACGCUAAAUUUACCUCCGUUGUGAAAGAGAAAAACUUGAAAAGAAAUAUAAAAUAAUAACAUUAAAUCAAAUUCGUUCAUAUUUCACGAGUUUUACACGGGCAUUCAGAUGUGCGGCGGCGGUAUUCAAGUCCAUUGUCAAACUGUCAAUUUAUCAUAAGUAGUGGCGCUAAAAAAAGAUUCUUUCUUUGAAACAUACAAAAAAACAACAUUUUUCCUUCAUAGUUCUUAAAAACUUGUCGACUUUCCUUCGAAGUCUUAAAAACCAAAGCGAAUUAACAUUUAGUUAUCAUCAAUCAAGUUUUCGGAGUGAUGUGAACAUCGGGUAAUUAUUUAUUGUGUGUGCGACUUAAGAAGAAUAAUAAUUUUUAAUGUACCCACCCACCUACUUAUCUUACCCAAAAAUAGAAAAACUAUAUAAAAUGAAAUAUGCAUUCUAUUAAGAAAGAAUAAUGCAUUUUAAGUGUUUAAAAAAGAAUCUACAUAAUUAUAAAAAUAGGUUUUCAAAAGAGUCUUAAAGGAAAAAUAGUUGAAACAAAAAUAAAAUCAAGAAGAAUGAAGAAUAAUGACAUCAGUCAAGUGUGAAUGGGUGUUUAAGUGUGUAAUAAUAGCAAAGCACAUUCUUUAUUUAUAAACAUUUGCUGUAAUUUUGAUGUCACGAUAAGAAAAUAUAAACAAAUAAAAUUGUAAAGUGUUUUGAAGAAAAUAAAUAAAAUAUAAAAUAUAAAAUGGAUCGUACAAUGUAUGGAAAAAUGGAUCCUGGUUCAAGGCAACCAUAUAGGACGAUAUUAAGCAAAGGAAUACAACCUGGAUAUGCUCUAUUAGCUGAUUUGCAAAACAGCGUACCUGGCCAAAAUAAACAACAAUCAACGGUAUCGUCAACAAACUAUCAGCACAAUUAUGGAGGUACACCUGGUUAUGGAAGUGUACGACCCAAACAAACCUCAGUUUCUCCUAUUUAUCAGGAACAUUAUACAAUGACAGAAACACGAAAAUCCACCUCGCCAGCAUUCAAUGGCCAUGGUGGAGGAAUAGCUCCUGCACCAAAUCAUUCUUCGUAUCAAUAUCAAAGUCAUCAGCAUCAAGGUGCAACACCAAGGCCACACAAUAAUGGUCUCUAUGGAACAGCUAACCGAGGUGCUACUGCUCCAGCAGCUAAUGCCAAUAAUUUAUCCGAGCUGGAUAAUCUAUUGCAUGAUCUGAGCAAUGGAAGAUAUGACAGCACUUUGGAGAGAAAAGAAGCUGCUAUGCCAGUUGCAUAUGGUAUCAGUCAGGUUAAGCAACAACCAGGAAGCAAUUAUAGUACCCUCAACAGUACAACCAAAAGGCCAACUGUUGAUAGUUUGCUGGAUGAAUUAACAAAUGCAUCUACCAACUCCAUCUAUGCAGUUCCAAAUGGCUCUGUUUCGGCUGACGCAAAAUCACCAACUCCUGGACGUCAUGUAACGAUUACUGUAAGGGAAACAACUACUGAAAAAUUAACUGGGCCGGAGGGAGUACCAGUUGCAUCACUAGAAGAACAAAUUAUUCAUAAAAAAGACUCCUAUGCACCACCUCAGACACCAUCAGGAAAUGCAGCCUCGAAUGUGUUUGCUUCUUCAGCUACCAAGGAAUUGGAUGACCUUAUGGCUUCUCUGUCUGACUUUAAGGUCAAUUCAGGUUCCCAUCAUCAUCAAGCUGUUGUUACGGAUUACGCCAAACCCAACAAAGGCAUAUCCCAUUUAACUCAAACUGAAAUAACUAAAACUUCUACAAUUGUAGAAGAUAUUCAUCAUCCACCGUCACCACUACCACCACCACCACUAGCUUCUGCGGCUAAUAUUAUUGGAGGCGAUCAAUUAGAUUCUAUGCUUGGUAGUUUACAAGCAAAUAUGUCUCGUCAAGGUGUCAAUACUGUUCAAAAAGGCUGCUGCAAUGCCUGUGAAAAACCAAUUGUUGGUCAAGUAAUUACUGCUUUGGGUAAAACAUGGCAUCCAGAGCAUUUUACAUGCAAUCAUUGUAGCCAAGAAUUGGGUACACGCAAUUUCUUUGAACGUGAAGGCUUCCCAUACUGUGAGCCAGAUUAUCAUAAUUUGUUUAGCCCACGUUGUGCCUAUUGUAAUGGUGCUAUUUUGGAUAAAUGCGUCACAGCAUUGGACAAGACCUGGCAUACAGAACAUUUCUUCUGUGCCCAAUGUGGACAGCAAUUCGGUGAGGAUGGUUUCCAUGAGCGUGAUGGCAAACCAUAUUGUCGCACUGAUUACUAUGAAAUGUUUGCACCCAAGUGCAAUGGAUGCAAUCGUGCAAUUAUGGAGAAUUAUAUCUCAGCCUUGAACUCACAAUGGCAUCCAGAUUGCUUUGUUUGCAGGGAUUGUCGACGACCCUUUCAAGGUGGUUCAUUCUUUGAUCAUGAAGGUCUUCCCUAUUGCGAGACUCAUUACCAUGCGAAACGUGGUUCCUUAUGUGCUGGCUGCUCGAAACCAAUUACUGGACGUUGUAUUACAGCAAUGUUCAAGAAAUUCCAUCCUGAACAUUUCGUGUGUGCUUUUUGUUUGAAGCAACUCAACAAAGGAACCUUUAAGGAACAGAACGAUAAACCCUACUGCCAUGCAUGUUUUGAUAAAAUAUUCGGUUGAAAACCAAACCAAUUUCAAAUGAAAUUGAAAAACAAAAGUAAAAAAUUAAAAACUAAACUUGAUUACUAAAAUUAAAAACAAAAACAAAAUUAUAACAAUAUAAAAUUCAAGUUCAACAAU